GGGCGCAUUCUACCCGGGCUCCUCCGCUCCCCGCACUCCUUCGCUCUCCACCGCCACUAAGGCGCAGGCUGGGCGCAGGCGGUGGCGGGCCGGCAUGGAGAGCCUGUUGGAGAACCCGGUGCGUGCUGUCCUCUAUCUGAAAGAGCUCACGGCCAUCGUGCAGAACCAGCAAAGCCUCAUCCACACCCAGCGCCAGCGCAUAGACGAACUGGAAAAGCGGCUGGACGAGUUGAGCGCUGAGAACCGCAGCCUGUGGGAACAGCAGCAGCUUCUGCAAAACCAUCCUCCCCCUGGCUUAGUCCCCCAGUCGCAAGCCCCGCUCCAGGCUUCCCAGGCUUCUGCUGCGGUCAGUUCCCCCGAGCCUCCCCAGAACCAGGGACAGCUCUCUACCAUCGCCCCACUGCCACCGCUGGCAGUGGCUGCGCCGCCGCCGCAGCAACCGCCGCCGCCGCAGCUGCAGCAGCCAGCUCAGCACCACGGACAGCUCGCAACACAGCCCCAGCCGGGCCCCAGCAGAGCUUUAACACCCCAAACACCCCACCAGCAUACCGCGGUCUCCGGAGCCGCUGCCGAUAAGGAGAAGGAGCGCCCCCCUUGUUGCGCUGCUGCUGGAACCCUCCUCCCCCACAAACCCCCUGCCGCCCUAGGCAAGGGCGUCCUAGGCAGGAGACCUGAGAAUGAGACUGUGCUGCACCAAUUCUGCUGUCCAGCUGCUGAUGCCGAACAGAAGCCUGCAUCUUCAGAUCUGGCCUCCCAAAGUGACGACUCCUACAUCCAUGCCGGGGGUGGCACAGAGGACCCUUCGGCCAGCAGACCCAGCGCCCAGGAGCUGCAGGAGGAGGAGGAGCUGCUAGGGGCAGGGGGGACCUCCGUGCUGGCAACCAAGGCCAGCCUCCACCACACAGCCUCCCCUGGCCGGCAGCAGCAUGCCAAGGUGCUCUGCUCCCAUGCCCCUGCUGCCUCUGAUUACGAGCUGUCCCUUGACUUAAAGAAUAAACAGAUUGAAAUGCUAGAACACAAAUACGGAGGCCAUUUGGUGUCCCGGCGAGCAGCUUGCACCAUUCAGACAGCCUUCCGCCAAUAUCAGCUUAGCAAGAACUUCGAGAAGAUACGCAACUCGCUGCUUGAAAGCCGAUUCCCUCGGCGUAUUUCCCUGCGCAAGGUGCGGGUCCCCAAUCCAGAGACUUUUGCAGCAGAGAAGGCUUUGAUGGAGGGCUAUGGGCUAAUGGGACUGCCCCUGGUCCGCUCUCCAUCCCUGCCAGCCACCAUCACAGGAACGCUCACGGAGCUGGAGGAUUCCUUCACGGAGCAAGUCCAAUCCCUGGCCAAGUCCAUAGAUGAUGCUCUCAGCACCUGGAGCCUGAAGACUAUGUGCUCCCUCCAGGAAGGGGGCUCCUAUGAGUUCCAUGAGACCUUCCAUGCUGGAGGGAUGGGGCCCCCAGGUCUGGAGACAGAACUGAAGGAGCAGGAGGAAGCUGGAGAACUGAGCCUGGAGGAGGAGGAAGAGGGCAGUGGGUCAGGGGGUGGGCUGCCCAAAAGCAGGAGCACCCUCAUGAUGGCUUUCCGGGAUGUCACAGUGCAGAUCGCCAGUAAGAACAUCUCUGUCUCCUCCUCCACAGCUGUUUCUGUGGCCAACUGCCUGGGAGGGCAAGAGACUCAGGUUGGAUUAGUCCCAGCGGCAGGCAAAGGGGAGACAGAAGAGGCAGGGGGGGCUGCAGCUUUGACCUCUCCGGUUGUGACUUCAUCUGCUUCAACCACUGGGCACACAUGGACCGACGUUGGGGCUGUCGGGGACGUGAAUACUAAUGGGCAGGCGGCUGAGGGGGCGAUGGGUGAGGAAGAAGAGGAAGAAGAGGAGGCAGGAGAGUCAAUCAAAGGGGGUGAGAUGGAGACUGGUGAUAACUCAGAGCAACUGAGCAGCAGCAGCACCUCCACAAAAUCUGCCAAGUCAAGCUCAGAGGUGUCAGCCUCAAAGGAAGCCCUCCAGGCUAUGAUACUGAGCCUGCCCCGUUACCACUGCGAGAACCCGGCCAGCUGCAAGUCCCCCACACUCUCUACUGACACCCUUCGAAAGAGGCUCUACCGCAUUGGUCUCAACCUCUUCAACAUAAACCCAGAUAAAGGUAUCCAGUUCCUGAUCUCUCGUGGCUUCAUCCCCGAUACUCCCAUUGGUGUGGCCCAUUUCCUCCUGCAGCGAAAGGGACUUAGUCGACAAAUGAUUGGAGAAUUCCUGGGAAACAGCAAGAAGCAGUUCAACCGGGAUGUAUUGGACUGUGUGGUGGAUGAAAUGGACUUUUCCAACAUGGAACUAGACGAGGCCUUGAGGAAAUUCCAGGCCCACAUCCGGGUCCAAGGGGAGGCCCAGAAGGUGGAGCGGCUCAUCGAAGCUUUCAGCCAGCGCUACUGCAUGUGCAAUCCCGAAGUAGUCCAGCAGUUUCACAACCCUGACACCAUCUUCAUCCUCGCCUUUGCCAUCAUCCUCCUCAACACGGACAUGUAUAGUCCCAAUAUCAAGCCUGACCGAAAGAUGAUGCUGGAGGAUUUCAUCCGGAACCUAAGAGGUGUGGAUGAUGGAGCCGACAUACCCCGAGAGCUGGUGGUGGGCAUCUAUGAAAGGAUUCAACAGAAGGAACUGAAAUCCAAUGAGGACCAUGUCACCUAUGUCACCAAGGUGGAGAAGUCCAUCGUGGGCAUGAAAACAGUGCUGUCAGUCCCACACCGACGCCUGGUCUGCUGCAGCCGUCUCUUUGAAGUGACUGAUGUGAACAAGUUACAGAAGCAAGCAGCCCACCAAAGGGAGGUGUUCCUCUUCAAUGACCUGCUGGUGAUCCUCAAGCUUUGCCCAAAGAAGAAGACUUCCUCCACGUAUACUUUCUGCAAGUCAGUGGGCCUGCUAGGGAUGCAGUUCCACCUUUUUGAAAACGAGUAUCAUUCCCAUGGCAUCACACUGGUGACUCCAGUGUCAGGUUCAGAAAAGAAGCAGGUAUUGCAUUUCUGUGCCCUGGGUUCAGAGGAGAUGCAGAAGUUUGUGGAAGACUUGAAAGAAUCCAUCGCUGAGGUCACAGAGCUGGAGCAGAUCCGAAUUGAAUGGGAGCUGGAGAAGCAGCAGGGAACCAAGACGCUUUCAUUUAAGUCCAGUGGAACUCAACCUGACCCACAAUCAAAGCAAGGAUCUCCUAUAGCCCCCAGAAAGGAAGCCCCUGAGAAAGCAGUGGACAGCACAGUGGAGGUGUCAAUUCACAACAGGCUUCAAACGUAUCAGCACAACUCCAGGCUGGGGCCCGAGAGGGGAGUGCCGCUGCCGCCACCGCCGCCGCCAUCGUCGCCAGGCCUGCCUCCUAAUUCCCCAAGGGACCUGCUGCCGCCACCGCCACCCACCCCCCCAGGGACCCUGGUGCAGUGCCAGCAGAUUGUCAAAGUCAUUGUCCUGGACAAGCCGUGCCUGGCCCGCAUGGAGCCCCUCCUGAGCCAGGCGCUCACCUGUUACGCCUCCUCCUCUGACUCCUGCAGCUCCACUCCCCUUCGGGGCCCUGCCACCCCCGUCAAGAUCAUCCACCAGCCCCCCUUGCCCCCACCGCCUCCCCCUUACAACCAUCCACACCAGUACUGCCCUCCAGGCUCUCUGCUCCAGCAAAGGAGGUAUUCCAGUGGUUCCAGAAGCCUGGUGUAACCACUGCUCUUCCCCUUCCCCUCAUCCGCCGCCCACUUGGAAACCUGGCUCUCCCCCACAGCACAAAGUUACUUCCCCCUGUGCUCCCCCACCUCUCCUGGGAGCCCCUCUCCCCGAUGGCUCCCCAUCCCAACAGAUAUGCUUAGUUCCUGACUAAUGACCACAGUAACUUUUUAAAGAAAAAAAAGAUCAAUGGUACCUCGGUCUCCCAAUCCCACUUCUCCCCUCAAACCUACUGCCUCUGCUGAGAAUACCUGGGAAACCCACCUCAGGUGUCACUCUUCCCUGUCUCCUUAUAUCCUAGUCAUGAAUGGAAGGUCCCUUUUUCCUCCACCAGUUUUCUCUUUCUGCUCCCCCCCAAAUCGCAAUUUGGACAUCAAGUUUACUCCCAACCAGGAAUUCAAAUGGAGGAAAAAGUCAGUUUUUCCAUUUCUCACCCUCCCCUUCCCUUCUCCCUCUGCAAAAGGUGAAGGAUGGGUGGGACUGGAGUCAUUGUUCUCUGACUUUAGUUGGGGCAGGCAAGUGAGGGGGGAGACCCAGACAUGGCUCAUGACCGAAGGCUUCCUUGGUAGGGCACUUACGGGAGUAAGCAUAACUGUGCUGUUGGGGUGUCCCUCCUCCCCUUAGAGAAUCAGCCCCUCUAUACUUCACAUGAUUAACCAAAAUUAGCUCAUAGGACCACAGAGCUAGACAGGACCUCUUAAGACACAGCUAGUCUACCCCUCUGCCUUCAGGCAAAACUACACGUAAUAGAUACAAAUUUAUGAGACCCUUCAGAAAACACUUCAUAGCUUUCUUUGGUCAUUACUCUAGACCAGUACGCUCUUCCAAGUUGUGAUUCCCUUAGAGAAAAAUUGUCCUUUGUAGAAUAAUAGUAAGAGCUCCCAUCUCUAUGGCACUCUAUGGUUUACAAAGUGUUUUUCCUCUUGAAAACCUGUCAAUUUAGAAAUGUAAGCUUUGUCCCCAUUUUACAGGUGAAGAAUUUGAGGCUCAGGGAGCUUAAUUAAUUGCAUUGCCAUAGGCACAUAGCUAGUGUCAGGACAUACAUCCAGGUCCCUUGAAUCUAAAAUCAAUGUGUUUUCUACUAAAUCAUAAAAAAAUCUGUCUCACCCCACCUCCAUCUUUGAGACUCAAUAGAAAAGUGACUUGUGGGGUAAGAUGAUCCUACCUAUAGCUAGUAGAUGGGAGCCCUCUCCCAUUAGUUUCUUCCAAAAUCCCAGCUCCCACUGUACUGGGACUGGAUCAGGGCCAAAGCAACAGAGGUUUAGAGUAAGACUGAAUAACUUCCAUCCAGAUGACAUAGUUCUAUUAUGAACAGCCUAGAUGCCACUGAUUCUACCUAGUUGCUUCUGGCCCUGAUGUCAUCAUCCCUGUUUCUAUAACAUUCAGCCAAAUCUGUUUCUGAUUCCUUUGCCCUAAUUCCCUUCCUCUUUUAUCUGACCCUGUCUUUCAUUUCUUAUGAAUCCCAACCUAUCCCAGUAUAGGGCUCUGUAAAGAGAAGUUCUUCUUUCCCUCUUCCUACCUCAAUCCUUCGAAAAUUAUUCUUCAGUUUAAGUAUGGAUUACUCCAUCCACUGAUGGAGCAGCAAGGCAGGAAUCACUUUUAAAGGGUGGAAAUUUAGAUGUCCACAUUGGGAUGGAGAGGGGAUAGUUUUACCAAGGAACAAUGGGAUAAUGUGAAAGAAUUAUAAAUGGGAAGCAGAACCAGAAGGGUGGAGGGAAGAUGAGUUGGGGCAAUGGCUAAUGCAAAAGAGUAAUAAAUAGGGGAUCAAUUAGAAUUAGGACAUAUGAGUGGAGUCAUGAAAAAAAGAUUAUAGCCUAAAAUAUUGGGCCAUAUUGAAUCAAAUUUUUAAAAAAAUGAACCUCACAAGUACAAGAUGUGGGUUUAGCCAGAUAGCCAUUUAUAUUAAAAACGACAAUUAAGGAGGUUCCUGAAUUGCAAUUUUAAUGUGAACACCUCCCCCCAAAAAGCUAUAAUAAUUUUAGGCUUUGUGAAAAGAAGUUUGGGAUCUUGGGAUGGGAAGAAGAUAAUGUACUCUCCCCUAGACAUAUAAUAGCAAAAAUACUGUGUUCAAUUAUAGCUGCCAUAUUUAACAAGGGAAUAAGCAGUCUGGAAUGUCCCAAGGAAGACAACUUGAGGCAGAGGGCCUCAAGAAUAUGUUAUAUGAGGAUUAGUUGAAGGAACUGGGAACUUUUAUCCUGGAAAAAAAGAUAAGUGAUACAUGAAAACUAUUGAAGGGUUAUAUGUGCGUAAAGAAUUUUAUUUACUAUGUUGAGCACCAGAGGACAAAACUAAGAAUAAUAGGUAGAAGUUGCAAAUAGGAAAAUCUGGAACUGUUAGAAAACACAUAGACUUAUCCAAAAGUGAAACAAGUUUCUUUGGGAGGAGUUUCGGUUCCUCUUUCAAGAAAAGGCUGAAUGACCCCUGAUCAGAUAGAGUAUAGAGAAAUAAAUUCUUUGAUCCGACUGGAAUUUAGAAAGAUUUAUAAAUGCACUAGAGAACAGCAAAGUAUCAUGUGGAAUCAUGUUUAAGGGACAGAGACUGGAAGAUUAAUACAGGUGUUUAUUCUCUCUCCCCUUCGUCUUUGACCAAAUCCUGGUUUUUCUAAUACUUUAAGGAAUCAAAGUGACCAUCUAUAGUGUCUUCUCCUCCUCCCUAGAUUCAUGACACUGAAGCUCUCCAAUAGCCUCUAAAUUUUCUGGCAGUUUUGAAUUCCUAAAGGUUCUUUCUUUCUCCACUCUUCCUCAUUUCCUCUCUCUAGGAAAAAAAAAAUCAUAGCCACAUAGAUCUUGAGUGCUGAAAGGAGUUCAGAGGCCAUCUCAUCCUACUCCAUGUCAUAGAUCAGAGAUGGGAAAUGUCCAGCCUCUGGGCCUUAUAAGAACUGUGAGAUCAGUUGGUCUUGCCCUGUCGAGGCAACCAUAGACAAUGUUGAGAUGAAACUAGCAACAUAACAAGCUCCCAUGGCUUGAGUUCUAUAAGUUGAUAAUUUUAUAUGGCCCAUGAAUGAUAUUAUAAAUAAUCAAAUGGCCCUUGGUAAGGGUGGGAAACCCUUGUCAUUGAGGUGUAGAGUGAUGGACUGACUUACCUCACAUCACAUAACUAUAAAGUGGAGAAGCUAGAAUCUAAGAUUUCUGACCCCAAAAUAUAAUGUUCUUAAGUUUUAAACUGGAAGAAACUUUAAGAGUUCAACAAUUCCAAUGCCCUAAUUUUAUCAGUGGGGAAAAUGGAGAUCCUUGGAGGACAUAAGAUAUUUGUGAAACAUCAUACAAACAAUAAGUGGCUGAUGUGAGAUAUGAACCCUGGUUUUCCAAUUUCAAAACUCCUGCCCUUUUCUAAGUAGCACACUACCUCUCACUGCUUUUUUUCCCACUACAUAAAAAAGAAAUCACAAAAUCUAAAAUUUGGAAGGAACUUUAGAGGCUCUCUAGUCCCAUAUCUGAUGGAAACUCCCUUUUAUAGUUUCCUUGUCAAGUACUCCUUCAGUAGCCACAUGAAGACCUCCAGCGAGGAGAGAACUCAUCACUUCUUGAGGAAGCUCCUUCCACUUUUGGACAGCACUAAUUGUUGAGUUUCUUACUGCCUCCUGGCAACUUUCACCCAUUACCUCUAUUCUUGCCCUCUGAGAUUUAAAUACUUGAAGACAGUUAUCCUGUCCCCAUUUCUCCUUUCACUCCAAAUCUCUUUUUUUCCAGACUAAGUAUUCCUAGACUUGAACUGAUGCUGUAUGGCAUGGUUUCCAUUCAGCUCACUGUCCCCAGAGUUCUUUUCUACAUGAAUGGAUAUCCCAUUUUAAGGCAUAUGGGUAGUCCCAAGUCAUGUAGAAAAUCUCCAAAGUGAGAAUAGUAUUCAAGAAUCACAAAAGGCAAAAAGCUGAACGUCACCAGAAAUCUGGACCACAGGCCAACUGUGAGCUGCUGGCAAUGUCUACAUCCUACACAAAGUAACCCUCUUCAUUUACACUCUUGAAAGGUAGACAGACAGCAUCUUUAUGUAAAACUCUAUGAUUUCCCUCCCCCUCUGCCCACAACAGUGAACAUCCUACAUCCUACCACAUCUACACCAUUGUCACCAACUGCCCAUAGCUGAGUUCCCUGAGAUCUGAUCCAUCCUGCAGCAUUGGACUCGGGUUGUUCCUCCCCCAUGCUAGAAGCUCUACAAGAGCACCAACUUUGUACCUGAGGCAGGGCUAGUGCAGAAUACUUCCAGGAGCACUCAUUCAGGGAUGGCUCUUAAAAUAUCCUUCCAAGUAGAUCUUCCUCCCCUCCUGCCCUACCCCCAGAGUCACAUGCACCUCGAAUCCUUGACCAAACACCAAGAUUCACACAGCGUUCUUGAUCCGCUUCAUCUAAAAGAGAUAAGUGUUGUUUAACUAUGGGAUACUAAGCAAGAAUAGUACCACUCUCAUCACCCUUACUUGUCCUUAUCUGUUUCUGAUUCUAGAGAAGAAAAGCAGCUUUGCUGCUCCAUAACCCACCUAAUGUGCUCACAAUCACAUGUGAAUCAGUCAAGCCCAACACCAAUGCUAGAGUAAAAACUGAAAAUCAGUUUCCACCAGGGAAAUGCCCAGGCUAUCCUUCCCAUUCACCCUCACUCCUCCAUUACCAGGCAGGACUCUGACAAUCACAGGGAUGUAGGAAUUAGAGCUGUAAGGAUCCUGGAAACCAUCCCACCCCAGAUUUUACAGAGGAGGAAAGAGAGACGCAGGGAGGUGAAGUCUGAGCCGGACAUCAGUUUGUCUCUCUCCUAACUUUACCAUGCCCUUAGAGUCCUCCCUACCACAGCAACUCUUGACCCUGCUUUUGCACAACCCAUCUGAAUGUUUCUCUAUAGCCAACAGAACCCAGCAGCCUAGGUGUAGGCAUCCGCCCGUCUCUGUGUCCUGCUGUACAUAUAUGUCCUUGCCACCCUUCACCCCCAAAGAGAGAAGCCUCUCUGGGGAAAGGCAGGGUGACAACACCAUUAAAGAAUCCAAAUGGCAAAUAUUUUGUAACAAAAUAGCCCAGAGGUAUUUUAGCUGUUCAAAUCAUAGAGUUUUAGAAAUUAUAUUGAGAUAUGUCACUUGCGCAAACCAUGUUUUCUUGUCUUCUUCCUUUCUCCUCAACCGUGGGGAACGCAACUCUCCUUAACGGGGAUAGAAUGGGUGGGAAGGAAAGAAGGCCAGUUUUCCACAUGAUUGAUGGAAACUGAGUAUGAAGAAGUGUCAGCGGUCAAGGCUAGAGGGGCUAGAAGGCCAAAGCAAAUACUAAAUUUAAAUGAAUCAACUUUUACCUAGUACUUUGUACAGAGCAAUGGAGGAGAUUCUUUUGAUAGAAGAUUUUUGCCUUUGUGGAACUUAUAGUCUAGUAAUAGCUAUAAAACAAAUUACAUGCUUGGUGGGGCUGCCUACUGCCCCCCACCUAUGCUACAACAUCAUGCCUCUUUGUUUUAUCUACAAAGAAAAGACAAUAUAUACCUUUAGAAAAAAAGCUAUCAGAAUAAGACACAAAUAAAAGAAAAUCAUUUCUGCCUAGA